AUGUCUAGAAUCAUCACGGUAUUUGGUGCCACCGGCAACCAGGGCGGUUCUGUUAUCAAGCACCUUCUCGCCGACUCGCAGCUCUCCAGGCAAUUCAAGAUCAGAGCCGUGACUCGAGAUUUAGCAAAGCCGGCCGCGCAAGCUUUGGCAAAACAGGGUGUCUCUCUUGUCAAAGCAGACUUGAACUCUCGCGUGUCAAUCAGUGAGGCGAUCAAAGGCUCGGACACAGUCUUCUUGGUCACGAACUAUUGGGAAUCAGCUGAUCCAAGCGUGGAACGAACGCAAGGGAAAACCGUCGCUGAUGUUGCUAAAGAUCUCGGCGUGUCGCAUCUCAUCUUCUCCUCGUUGUUGAAUGUGACCGAGACUUCAGGUGGCAAGUUGAAAAAUGUUCCGCACUUCGACAGCAAGGCAGACGUUGAAAAGUAUAUUCGAUCCCUGGGUAUCCCGGCAACCUUUGUACUGGCGGGCUACUUCAUGUCCAACUAUACAACAAUGCUGCAGAAGCAAGACGACGGCUCCUAUAGUCUGGCUUACCCCGUUGGAAGAGAAACUAGAUUUCCUCUCUUUGAGCCUGCAGAGGACACUGGAAAAUUCGUCAAAGUUGCUUUGAAACACCCAGAGGCUUACCGUGGGAAACAAGUCCUCAUGGCGGCUGAUUACUACACUGUGGAUCGGAUCACUUCAGACUUCGAAGAAGCGACUGGAAAGAGGCUGAACUUCUUGCAAGUGAGCGCCGAGCAGUACAAGUCGUUCUUGCCCAAGGCGAUUGCAGAUGAGAUGCUGGAGAAUCAUUUAUUCGUCGAGAACCCGGGAUAUUACAACGGCGCGAGUCUCAAGGAGAGUUUGGAUGCCUUGGAAGACAAGCCGACGACGUGGAAGGAGUACGCAAAGAAGACAUUCGCUUGA